AUGAAGAGUUUAAAUAUACUCGGUACCAUUGGUAUCACUGGCGCUAUUGCGGCAAAGUUUCCCGAUUGUGUAAAUGGUCCUCUGGCCAACAAUACAGUCUGUGAUACGACUGCUGAUCCUUAUACAAGAGCGACAGCUCUAGUAUCAUUAUUUACUCUAGCCGAGAAAAUCAACAAUACAGGAAACACAAGCCCUGGCGUUCCAAGGAUAGGUCUUCCAGCAUACCAAUGGUGGAAUGAAGCUCUCCAUGGCAUAGCUUAUGGAACUCAUUUUGCCGCAGCUGGCUCGAAUUACUCUUAUGCAACAUCCUUUCCUCAACCGAUUCUAAUGGGCGCUGCGUUUGACGACGCAUUGAUCCACGAUGUAGCCUCUCAAAUUUCGACGGAAGCGAGAGCUUUUAGCAAUGCCAAUCGUUAUGGUCUCAAUUUCUGGACACCCAACAUCAAUCCCUACAAAGAUCCCCGCUGGGGUCGUGGGCAAGAAACUCCUGGUGAAGACCCAUUCCACGUCUCCAGUUACGUCAAUGCUUUAGUGACUGGACUUCAAGGUGGAUUAGAUGAUUUACCGUAUAAGAAAGGAGUAGCAACUUGCAAACAUUACGCAGGAUAUGAUCUCGAGAAUGGCGGUGGCAUCCAGCGAUACGCUUUUGAUGCUAUUAUUAAUUCUCAAGAUCUGAGAGAUUAUUAUCUUCCAUCUUUUCAGCAGUGCGCUAGAGAUUCAAAUGUUCAGAGCAUUAUGUGCAGUUAUAACGCAGUCAAUGGAGUUCCGACUUGCGCGGAUGAUUGGUUAUUGCAAUCGCUUUUGAGAGAGCAUUGGGGCUGGGUGGAAGAAGAUCAGUGGGUAACUAGCGACUGCGAUGCCGUACAAAACAUCUGGGACUCCCACAACUAUACUUCAACUCCAGAGCAAGCAGCAGCAGACGCCUUAAACGCGGGAACAGAUCUUGACUGUGGUGGUUUCUGGCCAACCUACUUAGGCUCAGCAUACAAUCAAAGUCUAUAUAACAUAUCUACCCUUGACCGAUCACUCACUCGAAGAUACGCAUCGCUUGUCCGGCUCGGAUAUUUUGAUCCCGCAUCUAUUCAACCUUAUCGCCAACUUGGGUGGUCUGAUGUUUCUACACCUAGUGCUGAACAACUUGCACUCCAGGCGGCAGAAGAUGGUAUUGUCCUACUCAAGAAUGAUGGAAUACUUCCAUUACCCUCGAACAUCACAAAUGUGGCAUUGAUUGGACCAUGGGCAAAUGCUACAACACAGAUGCAGGGAAAUUAUUAUGGUCAAGCUCCUUAUUUGCACUCUCCAUUGAUCGCAGCACAAAAUGCAGGUUUCCAUGUUACAUAUGUUCAAGGUGCAGAUAUAGAUUCCACAAACACCACGGAGUUCACGGCAGCUAUAGCUGCGGCAAAGAAAGCUGAUGUCAUCAUAUAUAUUGGAGGAAUUGAUAACUCUAUCGAAGCUGAAGCAAAGGACCGAAAAACAAUUGCAUGGCCCUCCAGUCAAAUUUCUCUCGUUAAUCAACUCGCUAAUCUCUCUAUUCCACUCAUUAUUUCCCAAAUGGGCACCAUGAUAGAUUCCUCCUCCCUCCUAACAAACCGAGGCGUCAAUGGCAUUAUCUGGGCCGGCUACCCUGGUCAAGACGGGGGAACCGCUAUUUUCAACAUCCUAACAGGGAAAACCGCACCAGCAGGUCGUCUACCUAUCACCCAAUAUCCCAGCGAUUACGUGAACGAGGUGUCUAUGAACAAUAUGAAUUUACACCCUGGUGCAAACAAUCCCGGAAGAACUUAUAAAUGGUUCAACGGAACCUCUAUCUUCGAUUUCGGUUUCGGAUUACAUUACACCACAUUCAACGCUAAAAUUACACCUCCCUCAUCCAACACCUUCGAAAUCUCUCAUCUCACUUCCAACACAUCAACACACAAAGAUCUAACUCCCUUCCUCACCCUCCCUAUAAGUAUCUCAAACACCGGCACCACAACAUCCGAUUACGUAGCUCUCCUCUUCCUCACCGGUUCCUUUGGUCCAACUCCAUAUCCUAAGAAAUCUCUAGUGGCAUACACGAGACUUCAUGAUAUUAAAGGCGGCGCGAGUUCCACCGCACAAUUAAAAUUGAAUCUUGCAAGUUUGGCGAGGGGCAAUGAGAAAGGGGAUUUGGUUUUGUAUCCAGGGGAUUAUAAGGUGGUAGUUGAUGUUGAUGGGAAGGAUGAAUGGAGUUUUACCUUGAAGGGAGAGGAAGCGGUUUUGGAUCGGUGGCCCGAGAACAAGAGUGGAAAGUGA